AUGACGCCUUCAAUAACAAUCAAAUCUUCAUUUCUCACUCUUUCUCUUCUUCUUUAUGUUUUUGGUCCAUCCAAAGCCCAUAAUUCAUUACAUAUCGACAACUCUAUUUACCAAUUUGACGACAACGACUCAAUCUCUGACAUUGAACGUCUCACCUACGAAGAUCCAAAUGAUGAAACUUCCUUCCACGAUUCCCUUGAUGAAUACCCUGACGAUCAAUUGACGAUCGAUUACUUUGAUUUACUUGGGCUUCCCGUGGCGAGUCUUUAUAUCGACGAAGAUGCAUUGAUAAAGUAUGGGAUGAGUAUUGUAUUGCUUUUUCUUCUUCUUUCUCCUUCAUCUAACGCUGCUUCACUAAAAGCUUGUAACUUCGAUGGUAUUUACCAACUCGGCGACUCGAUCUCCGACACCGGAAAUCUCAUCCGAGAAAAUCCCAACACCCCCUUUUCUCAUCUUCCUUAUGGUCAAACAUUCUUCAACAGCACCCCAACAGGUCGCUGCUCCAAUGGCCUACUUAUCAUAGACUACUUUGCUUUAGAUGCAAAACUUCCAUUGGUGAAUCCUUACCUUAACAAAGAUGCAUUGACGAGGCAUGGAGUCAACUUCGCAGUAGCUGGCUCUACUGCUUUGUCUUCUCAACUGCUUUCGGAGAAGAAAAUCUCAUCUCCACUCACCAACUCUUCCCUCGACAUUCAACUUGAUUGGAUGUUCUCUCAUUUCAACUCCAUUUGCUUCGAUCAAAAAGAUUGCAACGAGAAGUUGAUGAAUGCUUUGUUCUUGGUGGGUGAAAUUGGUGCAAAUGAUUAUAAUUACGCCUUGCUCCAAGGAAAAACUAUUCAAGAGGUAAAAGAAAUGGUACCAGAAGUUGUUCAAACCGUAAAGAAUGCCGUUGAGAGAGUGAUAAGCUAUGGUGCUACUCGAGUUGUUGUUUCUGGAAACUUUCCAAUUGGAUGUUUCCCCAUCUUCCUCACUGUCUUCCAAACCAACGAUACAACAGCUUACGAUGAGUUUCACUGUUUGAAAAGUUUGAAUGCGUUGACGAGCUAUCACAAUGAUCAAAUACAACAAGCCAUCGAAGUACUCAAGAAAGAAAAUCCACGCACUGUUAUCGUAUAUGGUGACUACUAUAAUGCAUUUUUAUGGAUUCUCCGACAUGCUUCUACGCUCGGGUUUGAUAAUGGUUCUUUACAAAAAUCAUGUUGUGGAAUUGGAGGAGAUUACAACUUUGAGUUGAAGAAAAGUUGUGGAAGUCAAGGAGUAGGAGUUUGUCCAAAUGCAGAUAAAGUUAUUAGUUGGGAUGGAGUUCAGUUGACUCAAAAGGCUUACAAAUUCAUAGCAGAUUGGCUCAUCCUCGACAUCACUCCAAAACUUAAUUGCACUCUUUAA